CUUCCUCCCCAGUUUCCUGUCCUGCCCAGCUCGCUGAAUAGUUAAUGCAGAAGAUAAAGAGGGUUCGUCUGGAAAACGAGACUGCAGGAAGUUGGAGAAGUUUUUUGUCCAGUUCUGAAGGGGAAGAGAGGAUGACUGCAGUGGACGCGCUCUCGGACAGCUCCGAAGUGGUCGAGAUGGAAGAUGUGCCUUCCCAAUUCCAGGUGCAAAAGCAUUCUUGGGAUGGGCUGCGUGACAUUAUUCACAGCAGCAGGAAGUAUUCGGGCAUGAUAGUGAACAAAGCUCCCCAUGAUUUCCAGUUUGUCCGGAAAACAGAAGAGUCCAGCCCGCACUCUCAUCGUCUCUAUUACCUGGGAAUGCCAUAUGGUAGCCGAGAGAAUUCCCUUCUUUACUCAGAGAUUCCCAAAAAGGUACGGAAGGAGGCCUUGCUACUCUUGUCAUGGAAACAGAUGCUGGAUCACUUUCAGGCAACCCCUCACCACGGGAUGUAUUCUAGAGAAGAGGAGCUCUUGAGGGAACGCAAGCGACUUGGUGUCUUCGGUAUAACGUCGUACGAUUUCCACAGCGAGAGCGGCCUCUUCCUCUUCCAGGCCAGCAACAGCCUCUUCCACUGUCGAGAUGGGGGCAAGAAUGGUUUCAUGGUGUCUCCAAUGAAGCCUCUGGAGAUCAAGACUCAGUGCACAGGGCCACGAAUGGACCCCAAGAUCUGCCCUGCUGACCCUGCCUUCUUUUCAUUCAUUAAUAACAACGAUCUGUGGGUAGCAAAUAUAGAGACAGGAGAGGAGAAGCGGAUGACGUACUGCCAUAAAGGCUUAUCCAAUGUUCUUGAUGACCCCAAGUCUGCUGGUGUGGCCACUUUUGUCAUUCAGGAGGAGUUUGACCGGUUCACAGGCUAUUGGUGGUGUCCCACAGCUUCCACAGAAGGUUCGGAGGAUUUAAAAACACUGUGGAUCUUGUAUGAGGAAGUGGAUGAGUCAGAGGUGGAGAUAAUUCAUGUUCCUUCACCUGCCUUGGAGGAGAGAAAAACAGACUCCUAUCGGUACCCCAGGACAGGCAGCAAAAACCCCAAGAUUACGUUAAAACUGGCAGAAUUUAAAACAGACAGCAAGGGUAAGAUCGUGUGUGCUCAGGACAAGGAGCUGGUGCAACCAUUUGCUGCCUUGUUUCCGACGGUGGAGUACAUUGCCCGCGCUGGAUGGACCCGAGAUGGCAAAUAUGCCUGGGCUAUGUUCCUAGACAGACCUCAGCAGCGGCUGCAGCUAAUCCUUCUGCCUCCAGCACUCUUCAUUCCAGUCCCAGAAAAUGAGGAGCAGCGUGCUGAAUUUGCCAAAACUGUGCCAGAAAAUGUCCAGCCAUUUGUGAUCUAUGAAGAAACCACUGAUGUGUGGAUAAAUGUUCACGAUAUCUUCUAUCCUUUCAUCCAACCGGAGGGAGAGGAGGAAGAACUCUGCUUUAUCCGAGCCAACGAAUGCAAAACAGGUUUCUGUCACCUGUACAGAGUCACAGCAGUCCUAAAGCAGGGCAGCUACAACUGGUCACAGCCAUUUGUCCACAGCGAGGAUGAUUUCAAAUGUCCCAUCAAAGAGGAGAUUGCCCUGACUGGUGGGGAAUGGGAGGUGUUGGCGAGGCACGGAUCGAAGAUCUGGGUCAACGAGGCUACGAAACUGGUGUAUUUCCAAGGCACGAAGGACACCCCCUUGGAGCACCACCUCUACGUAGUCAGCUAUGAGUCUCCUGGAGAAAUCGUGCGCCUCACCACACCGGGCUUCUCCCACAGCUGUUCCAUGAGCCAGAACUUUGACAUGUUCAUCAGCCACUACAGCAGCGUGAGCACUCCGCCCUGCGUCCACGUCUACAAGCUCAGUGGCUCUGAUGAUGACCCGCUCCACAAGCAGCCCAAGUUUUGGGCCAGCAUGAUGGAGGCAGCCAGUUGUCCCCCAGAUUACAUCCCACCUGAGAUCUUCCACUUCCGCACCCAGUCGGAUGUUGAGCUCUACGGGAUGGUCUACAAACCUCACGAUGUCCAGCCUGGGAAGAAGCAUCCCACGGUGCUCUUUGUGUACGGAGGCCCUCAGGUGCAGCUAGUGAAUAACUCCUUCAAAGGAAUCAAGUACUUACGGCUCAACACGCUGGCGUCCCUAGGCUACGCUGUGGUGGUGAUCGAUGGACGGGGCUCCUGCCAGCGAGGACUCAAAUUUGAAGGGGCCCUGAAAAACCAAAUGGGUCAGGUGGAGAUAGAGGACCAGGUGGAAGGUUUACAUUAUGUAGCAGAAAAAUACGGGUUCAUCGACUUGAGUCGGGUGGCCAUCCACGGCUGGUCCUACGGGGGGUUCCUCUCCCUCAUGGGUCUCAUCUGUAAACCCAACGUCUUCAAGAUUGCUAUAGCAGGUGCUCCGGUGACGGUCUGGAUGGCGUAUGACACCGGGUACACCGAGCGGUACAUGGACAUCCCCGAGAACAACCAGCAGGGCUACGAGGCCGGCUCCGUGGCGUUACACGUAGAAAAGCUUCCCAAUGAGCCAAAUCGUUUGCUGAUCCUCCAUGGCUUUUUGGAUGAAAACGUGCACUUUUUUCACACCAACUUCCUGGUAUCGCAGCUAAUCCGGGCUGGAAAACCUUACCAGCUGCAGAUCUACCCCAACGAGAGACACAGUAUUCGGUGCCCCGAGUCAGGAGAGCACUAUGAAAUCACGCUGCUGCACUUUCUACAAGAAUACCUCUGAGAGCACAAGCCUCUGCAAACCGGACACUGACAGCUCUACCUUUCCCCCUCCCGUGCCCUGCCAACCCCCGUGUGUGUCCCCCCCCAGCCAUUGCACCCACGGCCGAGUGCCCCCCUGGGUGUCCCCCCUCCUCAAGCCAGGGGGAAGGCGGAGGGCACCUUCCCUUUGGACAGUGCCACCUUCUUUCACUUUUCCAAGCUGCUCCUCCUCUUCCUCUCCUCCGGCCUGGCUGU